AUGUGUUCGCGAAGACCGACCACUCGCUCCUCAACCUUACCAUUAAGUCGUGUGAAGACAAUCAUGCGAUCGUCACCUCACGUGUCGUCCAUUAGUCCCGAAGCCAUCGCUUUGACAGCACUUUCAGCGCACNGCGGAGAGGAGACCGCACUUAUCGAGUCUAUAGAAGGCAAACAGGGAAAGCCUCGCCUUAAGCCCCCGUUUCCUGCAGACAUCGGAGUGUUUGGUUGUCCGACAACUGUAUCCAAUGUGGAGACAGUAGCGGUCGCGCCGACCAUCUGUCGUCGGGGCGGCUCUUGGUUUGUGUCGUUCGGUCGGACGCGAAACAGCGGCACAAAGCUGUUCAACAUUUCCGGUCACGUGAAUAAUCCGUGUACUGUCGAGGAGGAAAUGUCAAUACCGUUGAAGGAUCUGAUUGAAAGACAUUGCGGAGGUGUGAUCGGCGGUUGGGAUAACCUGUUAGGUGUGAUUCCCGGCGGUUCCUCCACUCCUAUCAUACCGAAGAAAGUGUGCGAAGAAGUGCUCAUGGAUUUCGACUCAUUAUUAGCCGCUCAGUCAGGUCUGGGAACCGCUGCUCUAAUCGUAAUGAACAGACAGACAGAUGUGGUUAAAGCGAUUGCAAGACUCCUUACAUUCUACAAACACGAGAGUUGUGGUCAAUGCACUCCAUGUCGGGAAGGAGUGGGUUGGCUCAAUAAAAUCAUGUGGCGCUUCGUUAAGGGAAAUGCUAGCACUCAAGAGAUUGACAUGAUUUACGAAAUGAGUAAACAAAUAGAA